GCGUCAGUCAAUGUACCUUUGCUUUAUAUGGGGACGAACAGUCCACCGGCGUAAGAAUGAGUCUUUUUAAAGUAAUUCAUCAAAUCGUUAUUUUUUCCAAAAUUGGUCAAAUUUUAAUAUGAUGUUGUUAUAUUUGCAAAAAGGCAACUCUGAACCAAAGAAAACGGAGAGCGCUUCCGAAGAUGUAUUUUUUCCUUUCUCUUGUAAUUUGAUGGCAGCGACAAGUGUCUCAUUGCAUGCUGGAUUUCAUGGCCAGGACUGACACAGACGGUUUGCAGUGCAGUCGGAACAGUAAACUGGAUACUUUUCUCAGAAGGAACACAGAGCGCAGUGUUUAUGAGCGGAUUCGGGCAUACGAACCGUGUGUUGUCAUUUCUGAGACAGUCAACAAGGUGUUCAUGUAUGUCGUCUUGAGCGACGAUACCGUGUACCUGGCCGAGUACCCGCCACGCACUGUCCGGCAGGCUGUCAAUUUCAGCGAUGUACUUGACAUCGAGUUGGUAAACGAUUUACCAGAUUUUCUCAGUGGCCGUGACCGCGAACUUUCGCAGCACAUCCGUGUCGUCUAUGCCACUGCCAAGCAUGCUGGGAAAAAAGGCGGAGGCCUGGGAAGAGAGAAAGCUGGGAGACGCCCAUCCCUCUCCGCCUCCCCUUCUCCUUUCCAUCACAGCAACAGGAGUGUCUCUCCAUCUCUCCCAGCAGGGCUCAGCAGUGUUCUCCUGUCUACCCGUUCAGCCCCCUCCGAGUCGGUCAGAUGGAGAGCCGCUCCCUCAUCUCUGAGGAGUGGCAGGGAGGAAGUAGGGGUGGACCACACCCUCAAACAGAUGAGAUCUGCUUCCUGUCCCAGCCCCAGCCUGCAGGAUCUCAGACUGCCUCAGUCUUUAUCUCAGCACCUCUCGCCCCUCCUCUCCCCCUCCUCCUCUUCCUCGUCGUCGUCCUCAUCUUCCCCGCUCCCAUCCUCCGUCUCCGCUUGGGCCGUGGGCCGGGGGGAGACGGCCGAGGAGCAGGAGUCGGCCAGAAGGGGCUCCAUUUUGUCCAGGCUGAUGAAGCGGGUGCUGGUGGAGAAGGCCGAGGCGGAGAAGGAGGCUGAGCUGCACUUGUACGCCGUGUCCCCGACCUCGCGCAUCUACCUGCACCUGCUGAGCUCCUGGAACAGCUACAUGAUCAGGUCCACGCUCAUGUUGGACCCCCUCUACAGGAAGAGAUGCAGUGUGAAUUCGAGUUCGCUCUCUCAGAAAGAGUGCCAGAUCAGCUGGGAGCGCACAGCCUGUCUGUUCGGUCAGCUGAGCGGAGAGCUCCUCCAGGAGGGCAUUGGCCUGGAGUCUCUGUACCUGCUGCUGCAGGAACUGCACACAGCUGCCCAUCGCAACAUCGCCGUCAAGAAGCUCUUCUGGAGGUCCGGAGACCUGUGUCCCUUCCUGGUGAAGACCCUGGAGGAGGCACUGCGGAGAUUCCAGGAUCUUGCUAAUGAGGACAGCCCAGCUCAGAGAGCAGACAGACUGCUACUGUGUACUCUGGUGGCCGAAACCCUGAGCCUAAUGAUCCGGGAAAUGGAGGUGGAGCCAGCACGCGAUCACAUGCUGACAGCCAAGCAGGGUGCACUGACUGAGAGGCUGCUGCUAGCCUUGGUUUGUGACCCUGAGGUUGUGCUUCAAGACCCGGCAGGGGUGGAGGACUCAGGCCAAAGGUCCCCGCAUGCAGAGGGCCUGCUGGGAGACUAUUUGGAUGCUGCGAGUGCGCUCCUCUUCGAGGUGGUGGCGCUGUCCCAGCAGGCAUGCUGUGCCCAAAAUUUUGGGCAAACACUGACAGUUGGAUGGGUACUGAAAACAUUGCAGAGCCAUAGUUCUACGUUUCCCUUUGUGAGUAACCUGGUCCGGCAGGUGAUCUCGGUGCUGUCCGGUUCCCAGCUGGUUCUGAGCCCGGCCCAGUCGGUGCUGCUGUAUCAGCGGUGCCGGAUCCUGAUGGCCUUGCAGCACAGCGCCGACCUGGCCCAGUACAUCAGGACACAGUUUGCGGAGGAGUUCAGGUACUACGUGGUGAUGCCGUGGGUGGAGGAGAAGCUGCCCCCUCAUUACCCCAUCAGCCAGUCCACCCUGAGGCUCAUCCCUCUGCUCCAGCACCUGGUGCUCAGAAAGCCCUGACCUGGGAGCACCCUGUCUCUCUCUCUCUCUCUCUUUUCCCUCACACACACAUGUACACACACACACACACACACAUCUUACUUGUUCUCUGUCUCUCAAUCCCACAGCUCGCACACAGUCACACGCACAAGCAUAUGUUAUCCGAUAAAUUCAUGUGAUGUAAUCGAUGAUAGGUGCAUAUGCACAUGCAAAACACAUGUGUGCAAAUACAUGUACAUCUCUUUCCAACACACACAGCCCCACCGUGCACAUGUGCACAGGGCUUGGGGGUUUGAUGGUGGGGUGUCAGGACAUGCUGCUAUGUUUGUCUGUAUACACUGUCGCUGUCAGAAUGGGUACACUGUAGAUGUGACAGUUUUUCAUCGUUCCCUGUGUGUGCCUUGGAACGCAGAAUGUUUUGGGCUCAAAUCCCAAGCACCCUUGCUACACCUACAGUCACGUUCUUCAGUCCUAGAAAAUCUGCCUUCUUUUUCAAGGGGGAUUUUCAGCUUUGGACUCAGCGUAAGCAAUCCCUCUCAUA